AACAUUUCACUACGGCAGCGUGAGGUAAACAUUCAAUUGACCAAGAUUUAUCCACAUGGCAGUGACAAGGACUUUUGCAUUUUCCACGCUGACAGACUACGGAGAAUAUGAGAAUGACACAGACUAUAGUCAACAGAACGUCUCCGACCUCCCAGUCUAUAUCUGUGAAGAAGAAGAGGAGCGCCUGCAGACCCUCGGCACUGUGUUCCAGCCUGUGUUGUACAGCUUGAUCUUCCUGCUGGGUGUGGUAGGGAACGGUCUGAUGAUAACAGUCCUCCUGAGACGUUGGCGUCUCCUGCGCAUCACUGAGAUAUACCUACUUCACCUCGCCCUGGCUGACCUCAUGCUCCUUUUAACGUUCCCUUUCGAUGUGGUCGACUUCGUCGCUGGUUGGUUGUUUGGGGAUUUUCUCUGCAAGCUGAUGGGCCUGAUGAAACAUCUCAAUCUCCUCUGUGGGAGUUUCCUUUUAGCUUGCAUUGGGUUUGAUCGGUAUUUGGCUAUCGUUCAUGCCAUUCCCAGCAUGCGAAAUCGGCGUCCGAGAGCAGUGCAUGUAACUUGCAUUUUACUGUGGCUUGUCUGUUUGGGUUUAUCAGCUCCAAAUUUUGUGUUUCUUUCUGUGAGAGAGGAGCAAACUAACACAUCCAGCCUCUACUGUCUCUAUUAUCAUCAUGACAUCCAUGGACACAACUGGGUUUUGACCAACAGAGUCUUCGAUCACAUUUCCUUUUUCGUACCUCUGGCUGUCAUGAGCUACUGCUACACAGCAGUGGUAGUUACUUUGUGCAACAGUCAGAAAAGCCAACAAAAGCAAGGAGCCAUGCGACUGGCUUUACUUGUCACUCUUGUCUUUUGCCUCUGUUGGCUCCCAUAUAACAUCACCUUACUGAUAAAAACUCUGUCAGACCUGGAGGUCAUCCACUAUGAAAGCUGUCAAACUUUUGCCCUGCUGCGAGCCGCCCUCGAUGUGUCCCUGAGUCUGGGAUUCUUACACUGUUGCCUGAACCCCUUCCUUUAUGCCUUCAUUGGGGUGCAGUUUCGAAAAGAGUUGAGUCGGUUACUGCGUCAACUUGGAUGCAGCCCUGUUUGUCUUCCGUUCAUCAGAAGUCAGGGUCAAAGUCGACCAUCCAUUUCUGAUGGAGCAGCAACCAUCAGCACAAAUAUCUGAACAAAACAAAUCUAAAUAAACUCUCUUACAAUGAUUCUUUUCGAU